GAAGACGAUAAAGCAGUGAUAUUUUUCGGACAACAUGCGACGGAUUCUCUUCAUUUUUGGCGCUCUGUGGGCCGCUGUUUUCUCAAUAAAGUUAGAGAGGAAAUACAACCCAGAGCAGCCAUACUGUUUCAAGUUCACCUGGUUGGGACUGGAUCCUGAAGAGGCCAAUAAAUCGAAGAGCUGCUCCAAUAUUACUACACCAUGCUUUGAGCCAAUUACAAUCUCCGCCUCUGGCAAACUGCCGGAUACAAACGUGAUAUGGGAAAAGGAGGAUCGCUCGGUGAUCGGUUGUCACAUGCAAAAGGGAUUCGUCUGCAUAAAGUACACGUACACUUUCAACGAUGCAGUGCAAAAUGUAAGUCACUUCUGCGGGAAAAUGGUGGAGAAUAAGGAGUCGCCAAUUGUUGAGGGAUGUUACACCCAAAAGGUGGACAGCCACGUCAUCGAAGCUUGCGCCUGCACGUCUGUUGCUGGAGCCGUGCCUUGUAAUUCAUCAGAAAUUAGCCAUCCAUCAACAGCGAUAAUUACGUUAUUUGUGAUAUUAUCUCGGAUUAUUGUUGGCAAUCGAAGUUAGAAAGAGCGUGAAUCAUUAAAAAUCCAAUUUUGAAGGGUUGAAAAAUAUUAAUAUCCCUUUAUAAUUAGCCGUUACACAACCGAAUCUGUUAAGAGAGGCUUAUUUUAAAAAUUCCUACAGUUAAAAAAAUUUAUCUAGGAGAUAAAUGCAUAAUUCACAAAUCCCGAAUGAGUAUUAGUGUUAUUUAUAUUCCCAUUAUCUUUAAUAAAAUUGUUAUCAAGAAUAA